AUGUCUGGUCGCGGGAAAGGUGGCAAAGGGCUGGGAAAGGGAGGCGCCAAGCGGCACCGGAAAGUCCUCCGGGAUAACAUCCAGGGCAUCACGAAGCCUGCCAUCCGCCGGCUCGCCCGCCGAGGUGGUGUCAAGCGCAUUUCUGGGCUCAUCUAUGAGGAGACCCGGGGAGUCCUAAAAGUCUUUCUGGAGAACGUGAUCCGCGAUGCGGUGACUUACACCGAGCACGCCAAGCGCAAGACGGUCACCGCCAUGGACGUGGUGUACGCGCUGAAACGCCAGGGCCGCACCUUGUACGGCUUCGGCGGCUGA